AUGGUUUUCUUCAUAAUCAUCCCCUUCUUAGGUAUGGCUUCAUGUUCGGUGGAGAAAUAUACCUCUAUAACUAUCCGAACCAAUCUCAUCGAACCCAGAUGUUGUUCCAGUUUGUUUUCAAGGCCCGAGUGGUUACCAGUACUGAAUCACAGUACUGGACCACUUAUGCUUCCUGGAUCUGGUCCCGGUCCCGCUCAUUCAUCUCUUGGUUCUUCCAAUUCAGUUCAUGGAACUAAUCUUCCCUCUGCUUCUUCCCCUCUUAAUCCAGCUGUCAGAAACGGAAAUCAGUCGAGUGUGCCUCCAAAACCCCCUAUCUUUGACCCUUUGGAUUCAUCAUCUACUCUAUUUCUAACUUGUUUCUUCCCCACUUCAUUCCCACACCUUCUGGUUGUGGAUCACGAACUGGUGGAGAAAUAUAAGGUUGUUAGAGCUAUUCUUGAAAACCCUUCAGACAAGACAAAGGUGCAUCUCAUCUAUGCUAAUGUCACAUCUGAUGACAUCCUUCUUAAGGCAAAACUGGAGGGACGUACUUCUAAUUACCCUGAUCACUUCAAAGUUUACUAUGUAUUGAAUCAGCCACCGGAGGGAUGGACAGGUGGCGUUGGGUUUGUAUCAAAAGAAAUGAUCCAAGACCAUUUACCUGGACAUUCAUCUAAUAUCAAGGGGAAGUAUCCUGGUUGUGCUCAUUUUGCCAUAAGAGGAGGUUGUACAGUUUCCAUAACAGAAUACCAGUUGCCAAGGAGCAAUGAUAGGAGAAGAAUGUAUAAAAGAUUAAACGAAGAAGCAGAGAGAUAUCUUGAAGAUUUCAUAUCAAUUAUUAAAGAUUCAAAAUUUUCUUCUUUUGAUGGUGAAAGAAGUGACACGAGUUCAACCUUAGUUGGAGCUACAAAACCAAUCCAAAAUAGUAGUCCUUGUCAUGUUGAUGUAGUAGCAGGAAUGAAGUCUGUUCCUGUUGAAAUGGAAGGUGUUAAUCUACCUUGGUUGAAAUGGAAUGACACUGAUGUUGUUCCUUCAACUCCAAUAAUACAGACUCCUAAAACCCUAAAACCAAAACUGUGGGACCCAUAUCAGAAUUUGGAAUUGAUCCAAGAACAACAAGGCAACAACCAUGGAAGUUGGGACCCACCUGUACAUGAUAAAAGUGUUGCUUCAACGUAUAUAAGAGAAAGAGAAAUCCAUUAUGGAUGUUUGGACAUGAACAAGUAUUUGGAGCUUCAAAAGAAUGAGCAGCUCAUGUUUGAUAGAUGGAGAGAAAGAAAUGUGAUUCGGUCUGGUGGUUUGUUGCUUUCUGGUGUCCUAGUCAAAAUCUUCUCUGGUAAUUCACAAUUAGACAUGAACCAUGUGGGAAUGGGUGCUGCUAUUUUAGGGAUGCAGGCCCCUGUAGGAUUCCUAGUGGACAAGGAUCUUACUACUUCAGCUACGCCAUAUUACCAAGGUCAGUUACAGUGCCAGAGAACACCCCGGUUCCUAAGGCGGCUUGAGGUUUCUCUUUUUUACCAGGGAUGCACGAUGGUGUCCAUACACAUUGCAGUUUAUCUCUUUGAAAUUGCAAGUCCAAUAAAGAACUCGGAUCUUGAACUCUUUUCACUUCCAGCACUCUAUGGAGCAAAUAUCAAUCACUUGAUCUUAUAUGGAGAAUGGUGGAGUCUAUUGACACCAAUGUUUCUGGUACAAGAUUGA